AUGUUGAGACAAUUGCGCCCUCUGGCUUUAUUAGCCAAGUCCCGCCCUUUGACCAGAUCACUGGUGUCUCUGCGCUCCAAUGGUAUUUAUAGAUUUCAGGUGAACAGAACCCCUGUGGCCUUUUCGGCCUCCAGAUUUUCGAUUCGCAAAUACAGUGUUUUGGAGGAGGAGUCGCAAGCCCCAGUGGUUGACUUCUCGAAGGUUAAGGAACUUGUCGAGAAGAAAGAUCCAGAAAACGUUAUUGUUGAUGUGAGAGAGCCAGAAGAGUACGCCAAAGGCCACAUUCCCGGUGCCAUUAAUAUUCCAGUCAACUCGAGUCCCGGUGCGCUAGGGCUUUCUCCAGAGGAGUUUGAACAGACUUUUGGGUUCCCAAAGCCAGACCCAUCCAAAACCCUGCUUUUCUACUGUCUGGCAGGUGUGAGAUCGAGUAUGUCCGAGGAGCUUGCUAGCACCUUCGGUUACGGAAAAAGAUUGAACUACGUUGGCUCCUUUGCCGACUGGACUGAGAAAAAAGGUCCGGUUGAAGUUCCUAAGCAAUCUGAAAACCCCAAGGAGGAAUGA